CCGCGCUAUCGUUCGUGUUGUUAACACGUCGUGUUGAAAAACGUGACUGUUUACAUAUAGUGUUAUUGACAUUGGAUCAUAAACCCCCCUUAAAUUUUUCCGAUUAAUUUUUCAAAAAUAUUAAUCUCAGUGGUGAAUUGUUAAUUAAAUUAGUGUUGUUGUUGAAAAGUCUUUUGCGCGCGCUUUUUUCUAUAAGUGUAUAAUAAUUUAUUCUCGUUUUAAUAAUAAAUGAAAACUUUCAUUAAAAUUUAAUUUUUACAGUGAGUGAUUUGUGUCUUGUGGCAAAAAAAAAAAGAGGAACAAUUGGACAACAAUAAGAAAACAAUGUGUUCAAAAGUGUUAACAAUGUGUCUACCGGCUUUUCUUUUUUUGAUUGGCAUCGCAGGAGGACAAGUAUCGAGUGAAGGCAUUAAGAGAAAAAUCGAAGAUGAUCCCGAUUUGUCUCAGUUUCUCCAGCUUUUAGAAUCAAAUCCAGUCGCUCUAAGUAAUUUAAACUAUAGACACAUAACUGUUUUUGCAUCAACGAAUCGUGCCUUUCAAACAUACAAUGGAAGUACUGAUCAUGCUGUGAUUCCUUAUCAUAUGACUUCCUCGGCUUACAAAAUAAAUCAAUUGGAACAUGGAAAUUCGAUAAAUUCAGAAUUUGACGGCAAUCCACCUCUAUGGGUGACAAGAAGACAACAUGGUAAACAUGAUGAAGUCUAUAUUAAUAAUGCGAAAAUUCUCACGGAUCAAAGUAACAUUGAAUUAUGGAUUAAAGUUGGCUCCGACACUAAAAAACAGAUUUUGCAUAAAAUAUCUGAAGUUUUGGAACCUGUAGUUUCAAUCAAGUCAGCAGAUCCUCCAAUAGUAAAUCCCGAUGCUUUGCAAUUCUUAAAUAACACUGCUCAGCUGAACUUAGGAUCACGGCGAACUAGAACGUUUCGACAACAAGUAACUAAUACAGGAAAAGAGGAUAUAUUCAAAGCCGACGGAAAAUUUACAUUUUUCAUUCCUGAGGAUGAUGGUUUUAAGCCAUCACCGAGGCCGGAAAAAAUCGAUGGCAGAGUGAUUGAUGGACACGUGAUACCAGGUCAUGUCCUUUUCACAGGACCUACACCUAAUGACAAACCCUAUCAAACUCUUGCAAACGAUGAUAAUCUCAAAGUCACUAUAAGUUUUUACACUGAACAAGAUGGGAAAAGUAAAAGAGUUUAUGUUAAGUCCAACACCUUGGUGGGCGAUAAAGAUCAUCCGACUGGCGUUGUUCUGGCUGAGAUCAUAAAAGCAAACAUUCCAGUUAAAAAUGGAGUGGUACACCUCAUUCAACGUCCACUCAUUGUCGUUGAUACAACAAUCACGGAAUUCCUAAUGGAAAAAGAAGAUGGUCCAGUUUAUAAAUUCUACAAUACAAUUAUCAACAAUGGAGAUAAUUUUAUGAAUUCAAUGAAGGGUCUACCAAAUAUAACACUUUUUGCACCAAGUAAUGCUGCAUGGGAAGUACCAGAAGUCAAGGCAAUUCUGACUGAUUCAAAACGCGUUGAGGAUAUACUUAAUUUACAUUUGGUUCGCGAGCCAUUACCAUUGGAAUUGAUUAAACAGAAAAAUGGACGCUUGGUGCAUUCGACCAGAAAUAAGGCAAAUCAAGGGGUUCCAACAGCGGCCGCGAAAAAAAAUCUCUUCUUUAACGUAGCUCCAAGUCCAUAUGGAAAUGAAACAGUCACAGUUGAAGGAGGUGGAGUCAACGCUACAAUAAUCACAGCCAAUAUUGCUGCCACUAAUGGAAUGAUUCACAUUAUUGACAGGGUGCUUGGAAUUCCUUACACUACCGUUCUCGAUAAACUUAAAUUAGAUCCACAAUUAAAUUUAACGUAUUUAUUGGGAACGAAGAAAGAUUUUAAUAGCCAACUAAGUGACACCAAUAAACGAUUUACUUUCUUUGCGCCAAAAGAUGCAGCUUGGAAACAUACGCAAGUCGAUUUUCCUUCGACCUAUAAAAAACUCUUUAUGGAUGACUUCAGUUAUCAUGCGACUCAAAUUUUGCAAAGACAUCUCGUGAUAUCUGAUCAACCAUUUACGAUGAGCCAACUUCUUAGUAUGAGUCGUAAUGGAACAGUGACUCUUACAACAGCUAGAGACGCUCUUCAUUUACGAAUAAAAGAAACAAAGAAUGACGGAAAGAGGGAUGAAAACGCAAUUGUUCCUAUCCCUUCCGGUCACUCCGGUUACACAAUUGAAUGGCAAGGAAUUAUUGUUCGAGUCGAUCGUCCAGAUGUGUCAUGUACCAAUGGAAUUAUUCAUGUCAUUGAUAGACCAUUCCUUAAGGACAGUGAUGUUCGAGUUACUGGAGGAUCUGCUGCUUUUGUGACGACAUGCUUGCCUCACAUCUUAGUUCUCCUAGUGGUUAAGUGGCUCUUGUAAACUUUAGUUACAAACUAAGAUAUUUUAAAGAUCAAUCAAAUUAAUCGAUAUUCCGAAUUAUCAGCGCGACAAGAGUUCACCAUAAAUUGAAAAUCAGACUCUCUCUCUCGCUAUAAAAGAAUAUUUAAGAAAAAAUUCUCCAGAGAGCGAAAAAGAAUUCAAAUUUUUUUUUUUUAAAUACAUAUAGACUUAGAAUUUAAUAUAAAACUAAAAAAGUAAGAAAGCACAAAUCAAUUUUUGUAAAUUGUCACUUUUAUAAAUGAAAGUCAAAUUUUUACGAUGAUUGUGCGAUCUUCACUUUUUUUUCAAACGACAUUGUCGACGUAACAAAGUCUGAAUUUAACAGUCUUUGUAUAUAGUCUCCAAAUAGGAAAGCCUAUUAUUUAUUAUUAUCCAAUUGUUGCAAAAAGUAAAAUCAACAACUUAUGGAUUACUCGUACCAAAUAAUAAUGAUAAUUUAAUUAAGAAUUAUAAGAAAGUGACUUUUGAGAGUAUGUUCUUUCAAUAUUGAGAUCAGAGUUUAAGACGAACGUGUUACUCUUUAAAACCUGUUAUAUAUACAUAAUAAAUAUAUACUUAAGUUUUAUAAAUUCACAUGGAUCACCAACUUAAAUCACUAAUAAUUCUGGAUUUAGAUAAAGCUUAAUAAUUUUUGCUAAUAUUUUCAAUAUUUAAUUUCGUCGUAAUUUUUUUUAUCAGCAAAAGAGCUACGAUAUAUAUUUUUUUAUUUUUAUUUCUUAUCUUAAUUUAUAAAAAACGAAUGAUCACUGUAAUAUAUUAUUAGUAUACACACACUUACUGCUGCGGUAGAAAAAAAAUUCUUUUUUCGAUUUAUUUUUAUAGGAAAGAAAUUUCAUUACUCAUUUUCAGAAAUAUACAAUAAACUUUCAAACUUCUAUAUGAAAAAUAACAUUCCAUAUUUUUCUUUGUUUUCAAUAAAGACAAAUCCUUUAAACGCCGAAGUAAACUCGACUUUCUAAUAAGUAUUUGAAAAAUACUUAAACCUUUAAUUAAAAAAAAAAGUCGAUGUUACGUGAUAUCAGUCUACACAUAUAAUCUAUGGAUAAAUUAUAAAGAGAAUAAUGUAUAUUUAAAUGAAAAAUGAAAAAAAAAAUGAAUGGAAAAAAGGUCUAUCAGAUGAUAAUUGUUGUUGGACUGUAUAUGAUAUAUUAAUAUUAACAUUAUUAUAUAUGUAUGACAUAAACUCUAAUUACCACUGUUUGCUCGUUAGUCAAAGAAGAAAAAUUGAAAAUAGUAGACCUCUAUCUCUCUGUAUAGUUGUGUUUUAUGUUUCAAAGCUUAUAAAAUAAUAAACGCCAUUUUUCACGUUCGACGUGGGAGAAACAAUUUUUGCUGUACUCGCUACUCGUUCGUCUCUCAUCAACAUAAAUAUUAAUAAUCAUUAUCAUUGUUAUAAUAAUAGCUGAGAUAUGUAGCAUCGUUUGGCAAAGCAUGUUCGAGUCGUUCAAGUACUUUUCUUUUUUUAAAAUAAUAAUUUAUUUUCAAUUGUCUAAACUUUUGUAAGGAUAUAAUUUCAUUUCAAUUUUUAAAUUUCACAAUUCUUUUUAUUUUCUAACGAUGGAUUAUUUUGAAACCAUAAAAAAAUGAAAUUCAAUAUAAAAUUGAAUUGAAAUUUGAACCAAUUUAAUCUUAAAUUUAGUUUAAUUAUUUAAGGAUAUUUUCAUCACGUCGUGCCAUUGCCAUUGUAUGUACAUUUUGUAGAUAUACCAAAAAAAAAAAAAAAAAAAUAA